UAUUCCUUGUCUCCUGAGGAAUGUUGCUGGUUUUUCUACUUGAUAAUUUUAGAAUUCAAAAUAAACAUAAGUAGGCUGAGAUUGGAAAAUUCUGACACACAAUCUUCACUCCCCUUUUCUUCCAUACACACACACAUGCAUUUACAGUCACCUUGUUUAUGGAGGAAAGAUCAGCCUUUGGCUAGUUUUCUGUUAUGAAUUUCAAACGUACAAAGAAAGUGAGUAAACCAGCAAGCACCCUCCCAGCCCAGUUAUCUUUACUAAAGAAGGGAGAGGUUUACCCUGAACACUUCAGGUUGGGGGAAGGGCUCUCUGAGGGCAUUCUGUACAUUUACCAUUUUUAGACAAAAUCAUGCUUUUAUUUCUCCCCAAUCCAAAUACUAGCUGUCAUUUGCUGCUGCUUGUGUUUUGAUGAGGAAAAUCCUGCUAAAGUUUGAGGACAUGAUGGAGAGGUAAUUGGUCCAUUACCCUUCACAUGUUUAAAAAAAAAAAAAAAAAAGGAUAACAUUGAUUGAUGUUAAUUAGUUUCCUACUUAUCUCCAGGUGUGCUCUCACCUCACCCCCAAUGUGCUUAAGCUCAAAAUUUACCUUAGUUUAAAAUAUGCUGUUUGGUUGAGGGUAUUUUGAAAACUUUUUUGUACAUAAUUCUUAAAUGUUGCAAAAUAGCCACUGUGCAUGUGACCUGUUCAUGAAUGCUGCCCUGUUCCCUUUUCCAGUAGCAUUUAAUUUACAAAAGGUAAUUCUGAAUCUGUGAUUUUGCAAGAACAUAAGAAUGUAAAUGAAGCCACAUUAAUUUCCAGCUUAAUAGGAACAUGAGAGGUAAGAGGGGAGCAGUGCUUGCUAAAUAGAAACAGCAGAAGUGUAUGGAGAAGGAAUUAUUUUGCAUUCUCUUUAACGACCCCAUCCGACUCCUAUGGAAAUCUAAGGAAAGGCUCCUCUUAACCAUAAAUAAUGGGGUAAAUUGGAAUGGACACUGCACACUAUCUCUCGAAAUAUUUUGGCAUCCUGCCUCUCCCCUUUUAGGUUGGUGCUACAGUGGAGUGAAUGUCUUCAAGUGGCAAAUUGGUACCUUUAUAUUGUGAAAAGAUGGCAUGAGCCUCAAGAAUGGUCAGGAUCACCUGUGUCAAUAUUUGGGGUGAAAAAGAGGAACUAUAGUUUUUGUCAGUUUAUGGUGGGUGCAGUCCGUAUACAGCUAUUCCAGUUCCCAGUUUGCUUUUCUAGUAAGGUAUGGGACUAGAGAGUCAUUCUGGCUUUUGUGUAGCAGGGAAUUGAUAGUGUUGAGUGUGGUGCAAGAGGCAUUUGAGGCCUCUUUUCACAAGAGAUUUCUGAAGCAAGUUCUGCUUCCUAAUAUCUCAGUUGACUAGGGUGGCAACUUCCAGUCCACUCUGUCCUUCCUAUGUCUGCCAAUUUCCAGUUGAUCUGGCGUAAGAUUUAGCCUAGCAAAAAAGUGUUAUAAAAGGAAACCUGAAUCUGGGUUAGCAUCCCUGCUUGAUUUAAGAAUGUAUUGAAUUACAAAUCAAAGGAAAAUGGCUCUAAGGAGAUCUUGUAACAAAAAACUUUUGAAUCUGAAAUCUAAGACCGAAAAACCUACCUAAUUCACUACAUCUUCAGAGCAUAGAGAACUGGGUACUAUGAUGUUUAUAUACUCAUGUUGUGUAUGGAUAGCUUUCUGAACUAGAGUGCUUCUCUGAACAGAAAUUACUCGCUUCCUUGCAGUUUAGAUGUUCAAUCUUCAUACCAGUUUAAAAAAAAAAUUCUGGACCCACUGAGAGAGAACAUGAUGAAACUGUCCCAUCCCUGGUAAACUGGAAAGCUCUCCUUUUAUAUAAGAUUAAUUCUUUCCCAAAUCUCUUAUCAUUGAGGUGCUUGGGUCAGCCUAGAUCAAAAAUGUGCAUUUUUUUUCUCUGCUGUUUGAUCCUCUUUCUCGAGCAUGUUUGAGGGAAGAGAAGAGGGGCAGGAAAAUGUCUACAGUCAGGUUAAAACUGAUGUGUGUCUGUGAUUUAGAAGAUGCUUCUUGGUAGACAACUCUGACCCGGGAUGCGGGGGAUGCCAUGUGUGGUCUUUAUUGUAAAUCUAUCUUUCUAGUUUUAUGUCCAGAAAAUAAAGAUGCCAAGAAAUUGCUCUGGCUCGAUUUCAGAGCAUCUCUAACCUUAAAGUUGGAGGCCCUUGUUCAUUGAUGUCAGCCCUAAUAAAACUGCCCCACACACAGGAGGGUAAACCAUCGAACCAUAUGCCUGUUUUUGGUGUGGCUUCUGUAAUGAAUACUGUUGCAUUCUAAUUUCCAGUGUGACCAUGGGAUGGAAACCCCAAAGAUAAGCAUUUCAAACAUAGUCCUGAAUCCUGUGGGGGCACUCAGCCAACAACCACUAGUGUGCACUCACCAGAUUGGGAGGGGUAACUGAUUUCCAAUGGUCCAGCUGUACAUAUGCUGUGGGAGGAAUUUUUAGGCACAAAUUUUAGAGGGUGGAGCUGUUCCUGACUUCAGGAGGGAGGUCUGCCUGGAAAUUGGUGUCCGUGAGUCUCUGCAGUGUUUGCACUCUGUGUGUGUGUGUGUCUGCAUACCCAUAUGAAGGGAUUUGUGAUCUGACUAGACAAAGUGUCAUUAUAUUAGUGAAGGUUCCAAGCCUUUUCUACUUUGAAGAGUUUUUAAAAAUUCCUUCUGACACUCUUUCUGAAGGAAGAAAUGCCCCAUCACAGCAUUCUUCACCUGAUCCUGCUGAUGCUCUCUGGAGUUGUGAUCCCUGCUGUUCUAAGAGUAGAGUAUCCCCAAGGACCUGUCCCCACGCUGUGGAAUGAGCCGCCGGAGCUGCCGUCGGGAGGGGGCCCCUUUGAUGCUGCCACCACCACAGGCCGCUUCUUGGACUCUACAGGAUUCCCCCUGUACACCUCAGAGUAUGAGCCUGAGGACACCACACACCAGCACCAUCUGGAUGAUGAUGGGUCUCUGGGUCCUGGAGCUAUCAGUGCCAUCGUAAUCGCUGCUCUCCUGGGCACGUCUGUGAUUGUGGCACUGAUCGUCAUCACCCUGCGAAAAUUCUCUGCCUCCUGAACUCAAUAAACUUUUCUUAAUA